ACAAAACCGCACAACACACGCAGACCAACAGCGAAACGUGCGACUGCUCUCGCGAAAGGACAAAAGUGAACGAUUUGGAGUUAGCCGAGAAAAUGAGAGUUCUAUUCAACAUCGCUUUUCUUGCGUUCUUCAUCAUUCAAAUCGAACUAAACUUAUCUACCUUUCAAAGACAAAUCUUCAGAGAGGAAAAAUGGCCACAAACCGUCUACAAAGAAUUGUCUUUCAAAGUGGAUUCAAAAUUGGAAUGUGCAGCUCUUUGCGAAGUCGAAUCAAAAUCAUGUGUUGGGAUCAUUUGGAUCGAUUCCGUUUGCUAUCUGACCGAUCCAAUGUCUCAGUUUUCUGAGAUUUCAUCACCUCAGACGAAAGAUCAAUCCAUGUACAUCAACCAAGAAAUAAUUUCAUCAAUAUUGAGCGUGUUCUUGCACCUCAUUGAUCCGAUCGUCAAUCAUUGGAUGGCAAGAGUUUAUGCAUCUAUUCCAACUACCUCAAUGUUUGAUUGCAAUGUCGAAUGCGCAACUGACUUCAAUUGCCAACUUUAUGUUAAAGAAGGCAGUUUGUGUCACUUAGGGAACGGAACGUUCUUCAACAGCUCAAUACAAAUUAAAGAAAUUCCCACUGAAGGCGUGUACGUGGACACAGGAUUCACCAUUGAGGCGGGUCCUAUGGUAUUUUUGAACGACUCUAGUUCAACUUGGAUGCAUCACAUUUACUAUUCAAGUAUUUGUGAUCUCAGGGAACGUUGUGAGCUUUGGUGUUUCCUAGAAAGAUCACCCUGCCAAUUUAUGGUCUACACCGGAUCAAUUUGUUACUUGGGAUCAACAGAACAAGAGAGUCAAAUGGUUAAUAAUUCUUCGAUGGCACCAACACAAAAAGUAUGGUUGACUAAAAAGGGAAUUGAAAAUACGAACUACGAGAUUGCGUUUGAAAGGAACAUUUACAGUACCAAUUAUGCUCCGUUUAUCAUCAAAUCAUACAAUGCUGAUGAUUUCCUGCAAAGUUGUGAUUUUUUUUGCGCUUUUCAAACGGAACCCGCUUGCCAUUUCUUCUUCUUAACUGGUGGCAUUUGUUAUCUGGGCAACAUGGAUGGGACACACCCAAGCAUUGAAAAUUCCGCAAGCCUUGAAACGAUUCAUAUACAUCUUCCUGUUUCGAAUGCGUCUUUAUUGGAAUUCUAUUCAAUUCCAAUGCAUCACCAUACUUGGAGGAUCAGAAUGCAUACUCAAAUUAUAACAAACUCAACUAUUGGCGCUUGUGCACUUCGUUGCCUCAUCAUGGACCUCCAGAAGGAAUGUUCAUUAUUCGUUUACGACGAGUCUAUUUGCUACCUGGGAGCGACAAGUCAUUAUGAAUAUGCUCAAACGAUCGAUGACAUAUUCAACGUUUACAUUGCUAAAUCUCUAGCCUUAUACUUGCAAAGAUACUUCAAAUCCAGGCUAACCUCUGAUUGGGCUAGUCAGAUGUACAAGAAAGUCGUACUCUACUAUCCAACACCCCAAAAUGCCGAUGAAUGCCUCCUGAGAUGCCAUUUCGAUGACGGGCCUUGCCAUUCUUUUGUGGUUCACGAGAAUGAAUGUUAUCUGGGGGAUCCAUUUGUCAACUCGAGUUUGUUUUUUGGAACAGAGAACGCGCUGAUAAUGGAAAAAAAUACUCAGCUAUAUCUCAGUCACGGUGGGAGUAAAGGAGACGGGGAUGAAAAAACAUCUUCCAUUUUUGAAGGCUGUAAUGGGCAAUGUAAUCAUAGUUUACUUGAUCUACCUUAUCCAUUGCGUGCCAUGGGAUAUGCGUAUGGGGAGGAUUCAAUUUUCGUUUGUGGAGGCACUUCUGACGUUAAUGGUGGAGAACAAGAUAAAUGUUAUCAAUGGCGAUUCAAAGUUUUUCCAAGGGCGUGGAUCCCACUUCCCGCCAUGAUGAAUAAUCAGAUGAUGUUUCCAAUGUUGUAUCACCAAGGGAAAUUGUAUGCGGCAGGAGGCCGCAGUAGUGGAUCAACCAUAGGAAAUAUGCGUUUUCUUGAUUUGAAUUCAACAUCGUGGACCAAUGGAGGAGCGUAUGAGUACACAGGAUUUUACGCACAUUGUGGAAUUUUGUAUCAAGAUCGCAUUUAUACAUUUGGUGGCUCUAGAAACUCCCUCCUCUUCUCAUCUGCCGUGCAGGUAUAUGAUAUAGCGGCGGAUUCGUGGAGCUAUACUAAUUUUAGAUUGCCACAAGGGUUACGACAUAUGGCCUGUGGUCUUAUACCAGGAAAUGGAGGCUUGGUUCCUGACUUAUUUCUUAUUGCGGGCGGAGAAAGUGAUCUGGGCGAGUAUUCCAAUAAGGUGUACUCCGUCGAUCCAAACUCAGAUGUAGAGAUGAAGGAAAUUCUGGAGCUGUCCAUGACUGUAUCUCACUUUGGGUCACAGAAUAGCUUUGCUGUGUUGAACGUAUAUGACGUUUUUCUUGCAAUCGGUUUUGGAAAUGGGGCACAUAAAACUGACACUGUGCUUAAAUGGAACCACUGGACCCCAAGCUUGGACAGUUAUUCCAUUAAACUACCUGGUUUUAAACAACCGGGAAAUGUCAUGAUCCCUCUCCGUAAUAUACCCAUUUGCACAAAUCUAUCUCAAAUGUGGAAACCCAUCGUGAACCAUGUCAAACCGGCAAGGUUUCCUGUUGGAGGUUGGAAUGAAAAAAUUGAAGACAAUGGCCGUUUUUCGACCAGCCAAUUUCAAUUAAUCGAGCAGAAUAGGUGUGAUGGGAAAUAUCAUUUCCGUUUGACAUAUCCAGAGCUUGGAACAUACAAUGAGUGGUACCAGACCAAUGAUCCAUCCAAUUCAUCACACAUAGUGGUCACUGGUUUCCAGGGUCUAGCUCUGGGAAUGCCCAAUGGUUUUUAUGGAUUAUUGUUUAACAACGUUGAUGCAUUGGCCAUGGGUGACUCCAAUACGAGCGACCCACAAUGGUUUUCAGUGGCUAGGAUCAAGCCUGACACCGUCAGUGGUGAAAUUCCAGGACCGCCAAACACUUUUGUCUCUGAAGUGCAACUUUUCAUAAGGGAUGAUUGUGCAGCAACGUGACCUUGGUUUAGUUUUACUAAAAAAGAUUAUGUGGGAUUGGAUUGAUGAAGGGAAUUUUUUAGUCUACCGUUUUGUUCCUCAUGAUAAUUUUCUGCUUGAGAAUUGAAAUACACGGGAUGCCACGAGUA